AUGUUGCUUCUGUUACUGUGCUUGGUUGUGAUUUUUACGUAUUUUGCCAUUAGGAGUCGCGCUUGGAGGAGCAAAGUCUUUGCCAACGACCUGCCGGAAGUUGUUCCGGAAAAGUUCUUCCUUGGUCUGAGCGAUGUGGAACGGCUCGAGUUGGUGAAUAAAAUUUUCCUGGAGCAAGACCGCUUAUUUAGGAUGAAAAUUGGCCCAACGUUGCUACUUGGCGUGAGUCACCCGGAUUUGGUGCAGAAAGUUCUGUCCCAUCCGGAUUGCUUGGAGAAACCCUUUUUCUAUGAUUUUGUGAACUAUGAAAAGGGAAUCUUCUCGGCGAAAUACAAGCUAUGGAAAAAUCAACGGAACGCUUUGAACCCGGCGUUUAAUCGUCGGAUAUUGCAAAGUUUUGUGCCGAUUUUCGAAAAGUGUAGUAAAAGCAUGGUAAGCGAGUUGAUGAAGUGUACGCCAGGAGAGACAGUAAACAUUUUAAAAUUUACGUCAAGAAGUGCGCUAGAGAUGGUUUGUAGUACGACGCUCGGAAGUGAUGUUUUGCAACGAGAUGGAAAAGAAGUCUUUCUUAAUUCGCUGGAAGAAUUAUUUAUUAGCAUCUCGAGACGUAUGAUGAGAAUUCACUUGCACCCGCAGCCAAUCUACAUGAUGACGAAAUAUUAUUGGAAGGAGCGGGAUGCUAGGAGACAGUGCAAAUUGUUCACUAGAAAGAUUCUACAAGAGAAACAAGAAGCUAAAAAAGGAAUUAUCUCACCAGAUUCCGUUCCAGAAACAGAUGAUUACAGAAGACCUCAGAUCUUGAUAGACCAGCUUCUCUCAACGUGCAAUGGUAGCAGACCGUUUACUGACGAAGAAAUCUUGCAAAAUAUUCUCGUAAUUAUGCUUGCUGGCUACGACACAACCGGACUGGCAACGGCUUACGCUUGUCUUUUCCUCGGCAUGUAUCCACACCUGCAGGAUAAAGUCCAUACCGAAGUGAUGGAGCACUUCCCCAGUGAAAAUGUGCAGAUGGACUGUGAUUUACUAAAACGGCUCAAGUACACGGAGAUGUUUCUGAUGGAAGUGCUUCGACAUUGCCCCGUGGCAGCCCACAUUGCCCGCGAGUGCAUCAGUGCAGUCGAGAUCGAUGGAGUCCAUGUUCCGGCGGGAAACUGGUUCAUUUUUAAUUUCUGUGCAAUGCAUAGGCGAAAGGAUAUAUGGGGACCGGAUGCGGACAUGUUUGACCCGGACAACUUUUUGCCGGAACGAGUCCGAGCUAGGAACCCGAAUGCGUAUAUGCCGUUCAGUGCGGGUGCGAGGAACUGUAUCGGUAGACGAUAUGCCAUGCUUAGUAUGAAAGUCAUGCUGGUAAACAUAUUGCGAAGAUUUAUACUACACACUGAUUUGAAGUACGAAGAUUUGCGAUACGAAUUUGGUAUUACGUUGAAGUUGUCAACGGAUCACUUGGUGCAGCUUGAAAGACGGAAUGUAUAA